UCAACAUGGUGCUGAGGAUCACGUUAGAAAAUGGGGGACGUUAAUAAAAGUGAAGCGUAGGAGCGCUUUAAACGGAACUUAUCUCCUAGUAUGGGAAGAAUUCAGGAGGAAACUGGGGCGUUUCCACACCUGCGGUUCACAGGCUGAUUUAACUGAGCGAUUUUUGGAGGCAGCGGGCGGAGAAAGAUAGUGUUAUUGUUUUUUCUCCGCAUCCAGCAGUUCCAGCACUGCGGAUCAAAAUGGAGGCGAGGACGGAGUAACUACACCGGGCAGUUAGCUAGCUAACUUAGCUUAGCUAACUAGCGAAGUGGGGGAUUAUAACCUACCUAACAUCGAAUGCGGCCUGUUGGCUUUAUUAUUUGAAAGCCUGAGUGGUCUGCAGAUGUUUAGUUAGCUAGGCUAUCCUGUGGCCUGUACUGAUUAGCGGUUAGCUAACCUAUCUAGCUAUAUAGAUAGGACGCUAGCUAAGCUAAUAGGCUAGUUGGCUAAUUCGCUAGCUGGCUAACCAGCUAGCUGGGUUUGCUUGUUUAGGUUAGCUUGUGAAGGCGGUGUUGUUUGUGUUUGUGUUCUUGGAAACAUCAUGAAGGAUUUCCAGCUUUGUUUCCAGGCGGGUCCAGGUUAAGAACACACCUGCGCCGUUGACUUACGUGGUCUACCCUGGUUGUAAGCUAACAUCAGCUAGCUUAUCUAACCUACCUUGCAGGCUGCCAUACUAAAUAACUGACCACCCCACGCCAUUGGAGCUAACUACCUAGCUAUGGUUAAUUCUGUAGCUUGUUGUUCUCGCCAUGAAUAUGCGCUCCGAGUCCCUCUCUAACGUGGCACUGCGCUCAGAAUCCAACACCUUCUAUCUGUCGAGAGCAGGCUCGGGUCACACUGUCGGCGCCCCGAGAAAUUCGUAUUCUUUCGCGGUUGAACCGCAUGACUCGCUCGGUGUCACCCUCAGCAGCGCCGCACAGCACUUCAUCACAUCCAGAAAGCUGGACAAGAACCUCGCUGGGAAGGCUCCUCGGCCGUUUCUGCCCGCAGGACAGAACAAAGCGGUGGCUGUUCCUCCUGGAGCCAGCUCUGAGAGCACAGAGACACUUGCAUCUCAAGCCAAACAAAUGGGGGGCGAAGGGACCCCUGUUAAAAGUAAAACUCCACUCGGACAGACCAACGCCAUGGACAACAAAGCAGAAUUUGUUUCAAUGAACUCUCACAAUUCCAGGGAAUCGGGUGGGGAGGACAGUGCGAAGGGGUUGGACACUAUGGGGGCUCAUGGUGUGGCAUCUCAUGAACACAACCCAGAGGGUAAACGAAAGAACAUGAAGAAGACUCCUGGCCAUCCAAGUGCACAGGCCAGUUGUCUUCGGCAACUUCUCCUGCUUCAGCUGGACCUCAUUGAGCAGCAGCAGCAACAGCUGCAGUCAAAAGACAAGGAAAUAGAUGAACUUAAAGCUGACAGGGACACGCUUCUGGCUCGGAUUGAGCGAAUGGAGCGGCGCUUACAGUUGACGAGCAAAGAACCACGUGAUAAGCGCCUGUUUCAGCCUUUGGAGAGAUGGGUCCCAGACACUGAUGACUUCUGGGAUUCUGAUGUAGGAGACAGCCCUCAAACCCCAUCAGCCAAGGGCUCUGCUUUUAGUCGAAGCAGCAAGGUGCAAAAGAGGAAAUUUGGCUUCAUAGAUUCAAAGGUACAGAGGCCACAGGGGAAAGCUUCCAGGUUAACACCCCAGAAAUCAGACACUGGAGGAGCCUCACCAUGUCAGAGAGAUCUGCGGAACAAGGAGACUCCAGAGAAAACUGGAGUGGGAAAGUCGGAAGCCCUCUCAGAAGGAGAAGAUAACUGUGAACAUCCAGACAUACCAUACAUGACGACGACAGAAAUGUACUUAUGCUGUUGGCACCAACCUCCCGUCUCACCCCUGCGUGAGCCAUCCCCUAAGAAAGAGGAUGAUGUGGCCAUUCCAUCAUGGAGGGAAAACAGCAUGGAGCCUUUGAAGGAGGAAGAUGCCUUUGACAUCCCUGAGAGUCUUGAUGACGGUGUUUUUCUAAAACGCCAUGCAAAGCUGGAGCUGGAUGAGAAGAGAAGGAAGAGAUGGGACAUUCAAAGGAUACGGGAGCAGCGUAUGCUACAAAGGCUCCAACAGCGCAUGGAGAAGAGAAAGAUAAAUGUUCAGGAGAGUGAGCCAGAGAUGUCAUCAUUUUAUCCUGAGGUUGAUGAUGUGGAGUCAAUUAUCAUCACCCCCUUUCUCCCUGUUGUGGCCUUCGGUCGCCCUUUGCCCAAAAUCACUCCACAGAAUUUCGAGCUGCCAUGGCUUGAUGAACGAAGUCGCUGCCGUAUAGAAAAUCAGAAAAAACAAACUCCUCACAGGACCUGCCGGAAAUAAGCCAGUCUUCUUGAGAUGUACAUAUCCAAGUUGAAUGCUGCAGAAAGAAAGAGAUGGCCCCUUUUAAGGCUACUGGAUACUUGAUCGGUUUCAUGGGUUUGUGUGUUUGUAAUUAAAUGGCAAUAAGUGAAGAUGGCAGUGAUGCAGAUUUAUUUAUAUUGUUAAUCAUUAGGAUAAUCCUAUCCACAGAAUGCCCUGUGAUUUUGUUUAAAAAAAACUGUCUAGUGUUCAGCAUUGAUUGCCAUAUAAAUAGUUCAGGUCCUGCUCUGUCUAUUUUUACAUGAAUGAUAUUACUGCAGGCACCGCUUUAAGCAACAAGUUUCAUGUGCAUUACCUUGUGGACAUAUGAUGCAUUUUUUGCAUGUAAUGCCUCAAUGGAUUUUUGAAUAUCGGGCUGUAUCACUGUAUGUGUACCAUGGAGGUAUAGUGAAGAGUGUGAAUCGGAACCCUCAAGUGAGGAUACGAAGGCUUAUGACUUAAAUCCUUAAUUUCUCUUAACUUUAGAAUGCAUGGUUGUCUGGAGUCAACAAAUCAUAUGGUGAGAAGUUUCCAUUUUUGUAAGUGCAGUAGAAAUUCCAUAAAAAAAAGUUAUCACCACCUAAGAGUUGCAUAAGCAGUGUGUGAUUUUGUUUUAGCUCAAGUAGUUCUUGUUUGUAAGCUUCAGCUGGAGGUCUGCACAUCUGUAAAGCUGUUCAUACAAAUGGACUAAAAGGAAAUCCAAUAAUUUUUCAAUGUUUAUCAAGUGGUCAGUCAUGAUUCUUGUUUAUAUCUGAUCUUGUAAAUGGGAACUUUCACCACUUUAACUUUUCUCAAAAUCUUGUCUGCAUCUAAAAGAACAUCUUCAAGCAUCAUGUCAAGCGAAUGGUCAUGAUAAACUUUGUGCCUCGUACAACAAAAUUUUAAUAGAAAAUCCAAAGCCAUGCCUCAUCUUAGUCUGUAGUCACUUGAUUUUUUUUGUUUUGGCAUGAAUGGCUUGUCACCACAUGCAUACCUUUUUUUCUUGAACAUGUGAUUUUUGUGUCUAGCUUCAUCAAAUGUGUAGGAUGUAUAUAAGGGAAAAUGUUAUUUUUUUAUUAUUUAUGUUUGAGUGUUGUAUGUUCAGUAUAGAUGAUAUAUUGAUAGAAUGUUGACAGAGUAACUGAAGAAAUUUGUUUUGCAAAAAAUACAAAUCCUAUUGUUUCUGA